AUGAGAGCUAAUAUCCUUACAUCUCUUGUGCUUGCUUUGGGAAGCAUGGCAUUGCCAGUUCCCAAGGCAGGCUACCACGAUGUCGAAACUGCUGCUAGAGUUGCUAGAACAUUGGUGAACAGAGAAUCUCUUGCCAACCUGGCUACACUCCAAAAGAGUGAUGAGUUCCCUGUCUCCUUCAUGGAGUACUACUCCGACUGUGACAAGGACGGUCAACCAAUCUUCUUGAUUGUUGACAUCUCCUCGUCCAACAAAAAUAUCAAGGACGGAUCCAAGGUGUCCCUUUCUGUCAGAGUGGGAGAUCACCCAAUUUCUGAUCACGUGAACCCACAUUAUAUCGGUGGAAGAGUCCGUUCCCCAGCUGGAUCUCCAAGAGUUAACCUUAAGGGUUCUUUUGUUCCUAUCAACGGAUCCCUCGAGCUUGACACCUGUUUCGCCGAGAGACACCACGAUGCUCCGGCCUGGUACCCAGGAUCUCCAAUCCAUGCUACCUCUUGGGCUAAAUUCGAGGUCGAAGAUGUCUACCUUGUUGGUGGAUUUGGUGAUAUCGCAUACAUUGGCGAGAUCCCUGUCGACUUGUACUUGAACGCUACCACAUUUGAUGACGAGGAAGCCAAGGAAUUCUCCGAACUCUUUGAGCUUUAUGACGCUCCAGAAUCCGAAGACGGAUUACUCACCACUCUUUACAACGCAUUCACCAACGCUUUCGACUGGAAAGACGAGGGAAAGAAGCAAAAGAAGUACUGGAAACACUUCGGUAAGGAUCAAAAGAAGAAGUGGGCUCCAAAAGACCCAGAAGACCCAGAAGACCCAGAGGACGAGGAGCUUGAUGUCGCUGAAGUGACUGAGGAUCCAGACUACUGGAAGCGUUUUGGUAAAGACCAAAAGAAAUACUGGAAACACUACGGUAAGGACCAGAAGAAGAAGUGGACUCCAAAGACCCCAGAAGAUGAUGACGACGAAGUUCUGAUCGAGGCCGAGAUUGAAGACCCAGACUACUGGAAACAUUAUGGUAAGGACCAGAAGAAAUACUGGAAACACUACGGCAAAGACCAAAAGAAGAAGUGGACUCCAAAGUCUCCAGAAGACGGAGAUGACGAGGCCUUGAUUGAUGCCGAGGUUGAGGACCCAGAUUUCUGGAAGCACUACGGUAAGGACCAGAAGAAGUACUGGAAGCAUUUUGGUAAGGACCAAAAAAAGAAAUGGACUCCAAAGACUCCUGAAGACGGUGACGAUGAACUUGAGAUCGAAGCUGAAUUAGAGGACCCAGACUACUGGAAGCACUACGGAAAAGAUCAAAAGAAGUACUGGAAACACUACGGAAAGGAUCAAAAGAAGAAGUGGACUCCAGAAGACCCUGAGGAUGAGGACUUCGAGGUUGCUGCCGAGACCGAGGACCCAGACUACUGGAAGCGUUUCGGAAAGGACCAGAAGAAGUACUGGAAACAUUACGGAAAGGACCAAAAAAAGAAGUGGACCCCAAAGGCUCCUGAGGACGAUGACGAUGAGGUCUUAAUUGAGGCUGAGAUUGAAGACCCAGACUACUGGAAACAUUAUGGUAAGGACCAGAAGAAAUACUGGAAACACUAUGGUAAGGACCAGAAGAAGAAGUGGGCCCCAAAGACUCCAGAAGAUGACGAUGAGGAGUUUGAGGUCGAGACCGCGGCUGAGGACCCUGACUACUGGAAGCACUACGGAAAGGAGCAAAGAAAGUACUGGAAGCACUACGGUAAGGAGCAGAGAAAGUACUGGAAGAAACACGGUGACAAGCACGAUGAUGAGCAAAUCGUCUUGAUCAUUGACAACUAA